GCAGAUGGCCCGAUCAUUGCUUGGUCACAAAUUUGCCACCCAACCUAACCCCUCAAAAUUGGCUCUAGACAUUUGGGCUAUCGGGCAUCCCCACACCCAACCCGUAUGUGGGAUGGCUAUGGAGCGGCCGGACAUGUCCGCCAUGUCGGGUCGAUGGGAGGGCCUGCACCAAAACCCAUCGGUCUAAUGGGUUUUUUUUUGGUUCGAUGAGGACGCAUUCAUGGCGCCUCUCCAGCGUGCCACCCGAGGGACCAAAUCAGGCUAUUUAAUCCAAAUAACAUGAUGCAUUGCAACUGAUUAUUUCACAUCAUCUAGAAGGUCCUAGCUACAGUACAAUUCUACACACGCGCCCCUCCCAAAUCUGAUUAUAUAUUUUAGCUCAAAGGGUAUUCUAGUCUUUUCGUCUUGCCAACACACAAAGGAGGUUGGCAGGUUGCUGCUGACAACCAAUCGUCAAUGGGGGCGAAGCGGCCAAGCCGGAGCACGACGCGGCUGUCUCCGGCGGAGAUGAGGCGGUUGACGAGCCACCGGAGACGGAGACUGCCUGAGUAGGUUAGGGUUGAGAGUGCGGGGGCUCGCCGGCGUCGGAGAAGAUGCCGUGGUGCGGGGUGUUUAGAGGGAUGGUCGGGCUGGCGACGCCGGCCGCGGGUGACCGGAAACGGCGGUUGGGCCAGAGCCAGCGCCCACGCCUGGUGGUGGUGGAGACAGGCGGGGAUGGACGGUGGUGGUGGGGUCGGGUGGGCUCGAGGCUCAAGCGCGACAGCGGCUCCAUCUCGCAUCUCAUUCAGAUGUAUGCAGAGUUUAAGUUUCAAGCCAUCAAUGCCAAAAUGGAUGCAGCUGAGGUUCAGUUCACCCCACUGUCUGAAUUAACAGCUUCAAAGCAGAGGUACAGAGUCCGGGUCCGGGUGUGCAUCCCACUGAUGUGGGAAACCUUCAAUCCAAAUCACGACGACGUGGGGGUCAGCCUCGAGAUUUUUCGAUCGACGACAAGGGACAAACCAAGCAAGCCAAUAUACAUCACGCACACAGAUAAAAAUGUGUUUCAAAGAGGGGCUAGUUGAAGGGCAAGUUUAUGAAUUGUCAGAUUCUGAAGUUUAUGAAGUAAAGCGCAGGGAUUUCAUCACCUAUCGUAAUGGCUUGAUGAUGUACGUUGGGGGAUGAGAUAGACGGAGAUGCGGUCCAACCAUUGACCACUGAGGUCUGAAAGAUACCCCUUGGAUCUCACGUUUAAUUAGUUUUAAAUUUACAUAGUCUCCUGGUGUUUGUUAGGAAGCAUCUCCGCUAGUCCUUGAGCUACUCCCAUCCAAGGCAUGGUGGCACAAAACAAUUUCCUUAUCCUGGCAGUGGCAGUAGCUCUCUAUUCUAUUAAUUGGUUGAUUGGUCACAUAUUGCUCCACUUGCUACAUAGCAUAAACAAACCCUAUGCUUUCGUGGAACUAUAACUUUCCGGUGGAUACUACAUUUUUAAGUUGAGAGAUUUAUGAUUGCUUUGAACCAGCGACCAUUCAACUUACAUUCUUUGACCAUCCUUUGCCCCGAGUUGCUUUGUGUGCUGUUUAUUUUGCGAUUAAUAUUACUCCCGGGGGUGGCAUGUCACAUAUUUUCGUCCACUAAAGCACUCAGCGAGUGCAUGCUCAAUCUCAUCACCUGUGCCCACCAAAAGCGCCGAAACUGCUGCUGCUCGGGCCUUCAUGUCGCCCAUGGCUUUGAUUUUUCUUCCCACAUGAGCUCGGCCUUCCUGUUGAG